AUGGAUAUGAAUCGACCACACCUGGGAGUUGGUGAUGGUCUUGAACGCAGACAUUCGGAUGCAUCCCUUUCACCCGGCGAGCAUGGACAAAUGCAAAUGCCAGACGCGGGGAUCGACUUUCCACAUCCCCACUAUGCCAUGAUUUAUCUCGAUCACAAUGGCGAGCUCCGCGUGAAAGCGUCGGCUUCAAUGGCUGGCUGCGGUGGUGCCAUCUUCACCCCCGAGGUGACUGACAACUUUGUGAAAUUGGCCAACCCCAGUCCGGUCGCCAGCACCCUUCCAUCCAUGAAUGCCAGCCCCAGUCAAUUGUUCGAUGGAUCUCCGUUCAUGACCCAUUCGAGCCCGGGUCUGAUGCGCACCGGACCGGCUGGACCGGCGGAAAUGAUCCCAUGCCAAUUUUUAGACCAGAAUAAGAGAAGGAGACGCGAUUCAAGGCGAACCAGUAACGCUCAGCCUCAAUACAAACCAGUCUCUCCCACGCCGACGCCUCGCCCAGGACACACGGUCCUUCGAGUCGGAGACCGAGAUCUACUUCGCCGAUACUACGAAAAGGCCUUUGAAGACUUUCAGCAGUUGAACUGUCGAACCAUCGCCAAGUCCUACAUUAAACUCGUCGAGCCGAGGAAGCAAGUGCAUUUCCCAUACAAUGGACGCAAGGUGAUUGCGGGAGUAGCACAGCGUGUCGACCCGGAACAGACCAAGCCGGCGUGGUGGCCUGUCGGUGUCCUUCAUCGGGAACCAGAUCACCUGCUCAAAAGAGAUCGCUUAAAGUUACUCGUCCACAUUCUGUGCGAAUUGAAAGACAGCCACGGCAUCACUGCACAGAAGCUCCGCGAUGCAGGACAAGAUGUUCGACGCCAGAUUACGCCCGCAAACCGCGUGCAGGUACUAGAUGAGAUCUACUUUGUGAGAGAGAUGGAGGAGCGCUUCCUGGACGGAGAUCUCGAUGCCAACGCUCGCAUCCAACUCCGCCACACGCAUCUGCCCGAAGCCAUCUGCCACGAGGAAGACCUUUCUUCAAACAUCUAUAUCGCGCCAAUCUCUUUGACAGAAGAUGAACAAGAAGACCAAGAAGACGACGUCUACGGACUCGACCCCCAUCUAUCACUCGACGACGGCCUCUCAAUCGGCCCGCCCAACUCCCAAGGGCGGCCUGGUCCCUCCCACGGGCUGCCCCUCUCCCCCACAGCAAGCGACUCCAGUGGCCCCCAUAGCCCAGGAACAUACGGAGCAUACAACGCGGCCAUGGCAUCAAACGUCAUGGCCUCACAACAAUCCCCAUCCACUCUCAAGGAUCUUCCUAUCGAACCAGCUUAUCUAUCGCCGUGCUAUGGACAGCAGUUCAUGCCAAGCGUGAAGCCGUCGGCGGGGUACUGGCCCGCUAUGCCGCAAAUGCCUCACAACUCGUCGUUUGGAUACUAG